AUGUCUGUACCUUUAGUAUCUACAAAACCACCAGGAAAGAGUUGGCGAGAAGUAAAUCAAGAGAGAAAGGCAUUAAAACGUCAAAGAAACGAAGAAAAAAUAAUAAAGCGCGAGAAGAGGUUAGCUUUAGAAAAAGAUUUAGAACUGAAAGCUAAAGAGGAAGUCGAAAGGGAAAAGAAAAAUUCGGAAAUCUCAACGAUUAGUAUAGCUGUUCCUGGAUCCAUAUUAGAGAAUGCACAGUCUGCUGAAUUGCGUACAUAUUUGGCAGGACAAAUUGCUCGAGCAGCUUGUAUAUUCUGUGUUGAUGAAGUAAUUGUGUAUGAUGAUGUUGGAGAUAAGAUUAACACAAAAAAAUCAAAAUUAGAAGAUGUUGAUGGAAUAAAAAUAGCUCGCAAAAGUUGUGUGCAGUUGGCACGUAUUCUUCAAUAUUUGGAAUGCCCUCAAUAUUUAAGAAAACAUUUUUUCCCUUUACACAAGGACUUGGAAUUUGCCGGACUGUUAAACCCCUUAGAUGCACCUCACCAUUUAAGGAUGUCCAAUGAUUUUAAAUUUAGGGAAGGCAUAACUAUGAAUAAAAAGGUAAAGCCGGGAAAAGGUUCACAAGUUAAUGUUGGCCUAUUACAGGAUGUAUCCACUGACAAGCUAUUGAAUCCAGGAAUUAGGGUUACUGUCAAGAUGAUGCCUCUUCCAGAAGGAAGUAAAAAGUUAAAAGGAAAAAUUGUCAGUCUUUCAACUCCAAGAGCUGAGACAGGUGUUUACUGGGGCUACACUGUCAGAAUUGCGACAAACCUAAGUCAGGUGUUUACCCAAUGUCCAUAUAAAGAUGGAUAUGACUUAACUAUUGGAACAUCAGACAGAGGGAAUUCUAUAGAUGAGCUACCAGAUAAAGGAAUCAAAUAUAACCAUGCUCUUAUAGUGUUCGGAGGUUUGCAUGGCAUUGAAGCUGCUCUUGAAAGCGAUGAACAGCUGCAGGUAGAUGAAGCUAGUUUAUUGUUUAAUCAUUAUGUAAAUGUUUUGCCUAAUCAGGGGUCAAGAACAAUCAGAACUGAAGAGGCAGUACUUGUUGCACUUUCUAGCCUAAGAAAUAAGUUACAGGCUGAAAAUGAACCAAGGGUAUUUAAAGAUUCUGGUAUAGCUACAAGUUCAACAUUACCAUCCCAAAAGUUUGACACAUCACACCAUCCUGGUGUUGAAAACAAUAUAGAUUUAAGUAAAUUUGAUUGA